AUGCAGGUGGUCGAGCAAAAGCAAAGAGUUAAUCCUGUGGUUCCUUCGCUCCUCCUCUUUGAUGUCCUGACAUCAUUAGCCCUGCCCCGCAAAAGAUCUCCUUUAUCCUCAGAGCCCAUCACUUCCACUCUGAAAUGUUUGAAGCCGCUUUCCCGCAGAACAAAGCCACGCUAUGAAGAAACUACAGCUCCAAGGAUCACAGUGGAUGCCACAAGUGUAGCCUCUGGGCUCAGCAGAGGUAUGGCCGUUCAGACUGCAAUCAUGAACUCUCAGUUCAUGAGUUUCUGCUUUCCCGACUCUGUGAUGGAGUAUGACGUGGAGAAAAGCCUAGAUGGGAGUCUCCUGUGCGAGGCAGAAAAUGAUGACGACUUCAAAGAGACCACCAGGGACCUGCUGAGCUUCAUAGACUCGGCCUCCAGCAACAUCAAGCUGGCUCUGGACAAGCCGGUGAAAUCCAAAAGGAAAGUCAACCAUCGGAAGUACCUGCAGAAGCAAAUCAAACGGUGCACGGGCAUCAUCACACCAGGACAUGUAGCAGAAGGGCCUGUGGAGAGGCAGGGUUCCCCGGGGAUGCAGCCGGGCCCUUUGCAGAGCAAAACUCCACCUAAGCGAGACGAAGUACAGGCCAGCUUACAGAGCAAGAGCCUGGCAGCGCUCUUCAGCCCUGCGAAGGAGGUACGAGGAGAGAAAGCCAAGAAGCCCCCUCUGAGGCAUCGCAACUUGCCUCCGUCUUUCUUCACCGAGCCUGCCAACUGCUCCAAAGUCAUCUCCACAUCCGGGAUGACGCUGAAGGACUUGGAGCGAGGGAAUCCUGAGGCUGCGGAGUUCUUUGAGCUCUUGGGACCUGAUUACAGCAACAUGAUAGGCGACCAGGAUCUUUAUCAGGGCGCACCUCUGAGGGCACAGCCAGAUUUGGGCGGCUUGGAUCCGGUUUCCUACGAUGCUCACCAUUUAGUUGGUGGUCUGCUUUACUCUGAGCCCUGGACGAGCUGCUCGGGGCCUCCUAAGAAACUCGGGGAGAGUCUCCGUACGGGCUUGGCUCAGCCUCCUAUCUACAGUCAGUCUGAGGAAGCUUCCGGGUCCAUCGAUGACAGCGGACUGAGCUCUUUGGCUUUCUCUAACUUCUUCACAGACUGCUCCAUACCUCAAGUGACUUAUGACUUAAACUGUGGAUAUAGUAAAGCGAAUUAUUCAAGUCCAUGAAAGAAAAUGUCAGUUUUGUUGUUAGACAAGCAGGUAAGCAGGUAAAAACUGUUCUAACAUUAGUGUGAAACUGAUUAAUUUGGCUUUUUUUUUUGUUGCAGAAGUAACUUUACAACAUCCCUGCUCAAGCGUUAAAUCCCACAGAGAUCUAAUUAUUAUAUCAAACAAGAGAAGAAGUAUCAAAAUAUCCUUGUUUUGGUAUGAAAUUACUAUAUUAUUAUCGUCAUUCUGCAAAAACAAAACAUGCAUCUAACUUUAAAUGUCUUUAGAUUUGCUGAUGGGUAGUUUCAUUCGAGAAUUUGCCAAUCAGAAAUGAAUUUUUAACAUUUUUGGGUCUCAAGAAAGCUGCUGGAUUACCGUGGUUGCUGGUUUGGUCGACAAAACCUCUGACAUGAACAGCAGAGCUGCUGUAAAGACAACAAAACUACAGCUGCACUCUUCUCAUCCCUGUUAGAAACAGCCUCGUGCCUCAAGAUCAAAGGAAAAACUAAUCUAUGCUUAAUUUUAGAAAGAAGAAGAAUUUUAUUGUUCUGAAUUCUAUUUCAGCUGGCAAAGUGAACUUUUACAAAGUGUUUUUAGUAAAGAUUUUAUUGUAUCUAGUUAUUGUGAUAUGACUAAAUAAAGCUGGUCUUUAUUACUGGG